GUCUACAAUUCAAAGCGGGGUCUGUUAUUAUGAGCCGGGAGGGUUGCGUCAUGUGAGCAUCUCAGAAAAUAGGGCCAUCAUUAUUGGGUCAAAACUAAAAAAGCAAACCGAAUCAGCAUCCAGAAACACAAAGGACGGACCAUUAUUGAAGAGCAUUGAGGCAUUGAAUAAAGAGAGGCUUGAAAGCAUCCAUUUGAGCAACAGGUAG